UUGAAAAACGGCCUGCUAAACCUAAACGCAGUAUAAUGGACGGUUCUCUAGGCGGUUUCCAUUAUCUCUUUGCUUGCGUGUAACAUUCGCUCUCUGCUUGCGCGUUCAUUUAUGAUUCUCCACACGCGCCGCUUAGGCUUUUGCUUGUUCUGACGUUCUUAGAGUACAGCGGUGCUGGUUUGCAUGAUUUCCGAUUCCGAAGAAACGAUAAUCCAACGUUACAGAAAUAGUCUGUGCAACCUUACUGUUCACCCUCCGUGCAAUCCCCAACUUCUUUGCAACUUUAAGCCAAAAGGCUAAGCUUAAGUUGCAUUUUGAAUCUCGCUUUCAUAUUGAAAGUUUUCCUUAAUCUUACUUUCUUCACAAUGGACGUAGAUGUAAAGCAAAAUAUUGUAGGAAUGUCAGCCACACCACAGUCUAAGCGAGACGACAACGUUUCGAGACAAAUCGUUUCGAUUUUCCAACUCAGUAGCAGUAGCAGUAGCGAGUCCGAGUCUGACUCUGAGUCGGAGUCCGAGUCGGCCGGUGAUCCAACAUGCGACGCCAACAAGAGAAAGAAAAGGAGAAAGAAGCUGGACGAUUUAGGAGUGGCGUUGCCAUUGGGGUUUGCGGAACCACUCCAAAUGUCCGAACCGCGGCGAGAGGCUGCGAUUGAUACUGCGGUAAGGACGGGAUUGCAGAGCUGUAAGCAGUUUUGGAAGGCAGGUGACUAUGAAGGAGCUCCAUCUGGUGAUUGGGACUUCUUUUCUGGUGGCAUGGAUCAUGUGAGGGUUCAUCCCAAAUUUCUACAUUCAAAUGCAACCAGUCAUAAAUGGGCUCUUGGAGCAUUUGCAGAACUUUUGGACAACUCGUUGGAUGAGGUCUGCAAUGGAGCUACAUAUGUUAAUAUUGAUAUGCUUGAAAGUAGGAAGGAUGGGAGCAAAAUGUUGCUGAUUGAAGAUAAUGGUGGUGGCAUGGCUCCUGAUAAAAUGCGACAUUGCAUGUCUCUUGGUUAUUCUGCAAAAAGCAAAGUAGCGAACACCAUUGGACAAUAUGGCAAUGGAUUUAAGACAAGCACCAUGAGACUUGGAGCAGAUGUUAUAGUGUUUUCACGUUGUUAUGGAAAAGAUGGAAAAAGCCCUACUCAAAGUAUUGGAUUGCUGUCCUACACAUUUUUGAGGAGCACAGGAAAGGAAGAUAUAGUAGUGCCCAUGCUUGACUAUGAAAGAAGUGGACAAGAAUGGAAGAAGAUUAUACGUUCUUCUCCUGCCGACUGGAAUAUAAAUGUGGAAACAAUAAUUCGGUGGUCUCCAUUUCCAAGUGAAGCAGACCUCCUCCAUCAGUUUGAUCGGAUGAAAGAUCAUGGUACACGCAUUAUUAUAUACAAUCUUUGGGAGGAUGACCAGGGACAGUUGGAACUCGAUUUUGACACUGAUAAGCAUGAUAUCCUGCUUAGAGGGGUGAACCGAGAUGAGAAGAAUAUACAAAUGGCGAAAGAGUAUCCCAACUCUAGGCACUUCCUGACUUAUCGACAUUCAUUAAGGAGUUAUGCUUCAAUUCUCUAUCUGAGACUUCCUCCUAGAUUUCGAAUCAUUCUUCGUGGAAAAGAUGUUGAGCACCACAAUAUAGUGAAUGAUAUGACGUUGUCCCAGGAGAUUACAUAUCGGCCACAGCCUGGUGCUGAUGGGAUUCAGAAGGAUUUAAAUAUGACUGCUGUGGUGACUAUUGGGUUUGUGAAGGAUGCAAAAUAUCAUAUUGAUGUUCAAGGGUUCAAUGUUUAUCACAAAAAUCGACUCAUCAAGCCAUUUUGGAGGCUUUGGAACCCUGCAGGAAGUGAUGGUCGCGGAGUUAUAGGGUUUUUGGAAGCCAAUUUUGUUGAACCAGCUCAUGAUAAGCAGGGUUUUGAAAGAACAACUGUUCUUGCAAGACUUGAGGCACGGCUAAUACAGAUGCAAAAGAAUUACUGGUGGACCAACUGUCAUAGAAUUGGGUAUGCUGCAAGACGUAAUAAGAAACAAAUAAAUGGGUCUGAAGAUAAAGAAUCUUCUGAUUAUCAUCCAUGGGCAGUUGCUCUACCUAAGAAGAGUUCUCUCUCUGGCGGCAAGAUAUCACAUUCAAAUUCAGACAAAUAUCAUUUGCAAUCAAAUCAGAGACAGGAAGGAAAAGAACAUGAAAAAUCUCCUGAAAUGGGAACUGGUGGAGAUCGGCAUGAACAUAUUUCUGGCAAAGGCCAUAACAGGGUGAAGACUGCUAUAAAACAAAGAAAAGAAGCAAUUCUUUCUGAACCAUCACCGCCUCCUUCAGAAGAUGUUAGUGAUGAUGAUGUACAUGUUGUGAUACCUGAGAGAAGAGUCAAUGGCAGUAGUCAAAAUAAAUUCCCUACUGAGAAAUCUUUUCAGAAAGAUGGGUUGCAUAGGAUUCGUCUAACAUCAUGCUUUGACAAUAUUGAAUCCCUGCAAGAUUGUGCUUCAGGGGGGAGUUCUGUUCGAUCAUUGUCGCAAUCACAGCCGCAGGGAGGUGAUGUUAAUUAUCGCAAGCAUUUUCUUUUAGACUCUAAUUCAAGCACUCUAGAACAGUUGAAGCAAGAGAAUUGUGCAUUGAGGGAGAGGUUGUUAUUCUUCCUUAUUGUAAUGCAUGGUUCUAUUAAUUGUAUCAACUUAUGUAUUUAUCUUUUUGUCACUAGAUUAAAAGAAAAGGAAGGAGAGCUUUUAGGUGAAAACGAUAAGUGUAGGUUGCUUGAAGCUCAGCUCCAAGAGGCAUGGCAAAAAAUUGAUGAAUUGAACAAGGAACAAGAGAGUCUAAUUGAUAUAAUGUCCGAGGAGAGGGACCGACGAGAGAGGGAGGAGGAGAAUUUGCGAAAGAGGAUAAAGGAUGCCUCUACUACCAUCCAGGAAUUGCUGGACAGGAUUAAGCUGCUGGAAAGGAUGAAGGUUCCAAGCGCCUAAUCGAAACUUUGAGAGCACUGCCACGUGUGACAUAGGAGUUGAAUGUCUGUUAUAUGUUUACUAAUGGUAAGUUGUGGGAUAGGUUAUGUGAAAAAGGUAAAUUAUGAAGACAUCAGCUGAGAAAUUAUUUAGUUUAAAGUAUGCACGGUUGCUGACUCCCAAUUUUGUAUCAGAAUGAUGUAAUUCUGUAUUCUAUAUAUCAAUUACAGAAGCAAGGUGAGUCGACUAUCUCUUGA